GUAUAAUAUAAGGAUUGGGACGAACAAUUUGUAUUUUAUUAUAUUUACCUCAAGAGUGAAAUUUCUUGGAGAAAAGAUAAACUGAUAGUGUGAUUGAGUAAAGUUUAUGAAGGCCGUUUCGUGUAAAAAUGGCUGCGCCCUUCACAUCCAACACGCCGAAAUAAACUUGGCCUGAAAUUUUGUCUUUAUUCUGUUAGCGUGUACGGCUACAUUACAUUGCAGAAUUCACAUAUGAAUACAUUGAAUCCAGGUAAUCCAUUAUUCAGUUCUAAAGAAUGCAGCAAUGUCUUUCAUGAAGAACUUUGUGUAGGCCUACUUCCAACAAAACUUGAGUUCACAACUGGUCGUCUGCCGCGUAUAGUAGGCCUAGAGCGCGCCGGCGGACGACGAACUCUAUACAGACUUGUUCCUUGCUUGAAAAGCCACAUGGAGUGAAACCAGUGGGCAGGGGUUUAGAUCUACGAUGUACUGUACCAGCCCUCUUCCAAGUCUUCAGGAUUUGAAAGUACUUCAAAUGAUACCAGCACCAUUCUUUGGCAAGGUUUAGUGAAGAUAUUAAGCUGCUUACUGACUUGGUGAGUCCAGAAUGAAGUGUCUACAGCAGCUGUUGAAAGCCUUUGCAAGAAAGAGUUUCCAUGGUGACCCUUCAUCCUACUCCUUGGAAAGAUUUUGGUCUGUUCAUCCAGGGAAGCAGUGUGAUGUGAAGAGAGGAACUUCGUACACGUACAUGUACGUAACAGCAGCAAGAACACCUACCAAUCCACCAGUUGUCGCAUCAAGAACAGUACCCACUGAUGCCAAUGUCCUAAAGACUCUUCCAUCAAGACAUUGCUCCGGACACUCAUUGGCUCCCAGGUUCAGGUAUGGACCAGGUCCAAAUAUAGCAUACCACAUGGGUAAGUCCACCGUGAGCAAUCCCUUCCAGGAUUGUCUUCAAAGAGGAAGACAUCGCUCCGACCUUGGAUCGGCCGUAAUCAACUUCAAUGAAGCAAGCGUCUUUGAACCCACUUAUGAUAAUGCAUAUUCCAGGAGUAGUCUCUUUGCUAGAGCGCAUCUUCAAGAAUGGAGACGUUGCUCCAGGAAUGGAUUGGCAGGGAGAUCAGAUGAUGAGUUGGGUUACUGCAAAUUAUCCAGUACAAAUGCAAGUUUACUGAGCAAUCUCUCACUGAGAGCUUAUCUUCCAAAAAGGAGGUUUUCCUCCGGAAGAAGAUUGGCUCUUAAAUACGGAUAUUUGUUGGGUCCCAUCAAAACCACCAAUUGGGAAACAUUUCCUGUGAGUCACUCCUCUCCAAGAACAAGUCUUCCAAAAAACAGACAUUACAUGUACUCUGAAGGAAAAUUGGCUGUCAGACGCACCUACGGAACAGGCCCUAGGAAAUCGACCAAUGAAGAUACACUUUCAAUGAGCAAUCCCUCACUCAGAGCCUACCUACAACAUCUAGUUGAAGAGCACCGACACAUAUGCCAGCAGAUAACGGACGAAAAGAGUGCAGCUGAUGGAAAGAAACAAAGACGGCUGCGGAGGAGACUAACCGAGCUGAUUCCCGUGGUUGAAAAAAUGGAAGAGUGGACAAACAGACAGACAGAGCUGAAGGAGAUAGGAGAGCUGAUUUCAGGUGAAUCCUCCGACAAGGAGAUGAAGGACUUGGCCCUACAAGAGAAACAAGAAUAUCAGGAGCUUGUUGACGACUUAGAGAAAGAAAUUCUCAGCCUUAUCAUUCCUGCGGAUGAGACUGACGAUAAUGACAUCAUCAUGGAGUUCUCGGCUGGGGUCGGAGGUCAGGAGGCCAUGCUAUUUACAGCCGACAUGUUUGAGAUGUACGAGAGGUUCGCUGCUUACAAGAACUGGGAUUUUCAGAAACUGGAAUAUUUCACCACAGACUUGGGUGGUUUGAGACACGCUUCGGUGAGUUUAAGUGGCGAUGGAGCGUACAGACUGAUGAAGCAUGAAGCUGGAGUGCAUCGCGUUCAGCGAGUCCCAAAGACGGAGAAAGCGGGCAGGAUUCACACCAGUACGAUGGCCGUCGCUGUGCUACCUCAACCAACGGAGAUUGAUCUGAAGUUGGAUCCCAAAGAUCUCCGCAUCGAGACUAAGAAAGCAUCUGGUGCUGGUGGCCAACAUGUCAACACUACCGACAGUGCUGUCCGCAUCUUACACAUCCCCUCGGGGAUCGUUGCCGAGAGCCAGCAAGAACGCUCCCAGCUCAAGAACCGGAACAUUGCCCUGACCUUGCUCCAGACGAAGAUCUACAAUGCCAUCUCGGAGGACCGGGAGAUGACCGAGCGGUCCAUGAGGCAAAGCCAGGUCGGGACGUCGGGCCGUUCAGAGAAAAUCCGGACGUACAACUUCCAGCAGGACCGUGUGACUGAUCACCGGAUCAGUCAAUCUGUGUUUGACGUAGAGGGCUUCUUGUCCGGAGGGGAGGGGCUGGACGACAUGAUCUCCAGCUUAGUCAACGAAGAGGAGAACGACAUGGUCAUCAGGAUGCUGGAAGAAUUUAUGAAGUCCCAGAAAAAGACAUGAAUUAUUUAGAAAGCAAAGACCUCUCUAUAUCUCAGUUUCUUGGCUGAAUCAUAGUAUUUCCCUUUGCCUAAAGCCUUGUCUAAUCAAGUCCAUCACAAGUCAUCCAGUCUUAAGCCAAGGCACAAACCAUUCAAGUAAACUGCAGUAAAAGCGUGCCUUUUGUUCACCCUGUUACUUGUGACGAGUCUUGUGAGUUAAAGGACUUCUCAAAUGGACUCGUGUUUGGACUUACAAUAGACACAACCAUAGCCUUUGUGAAUUAUUAUUCAGAGAGUUUUUAAGGCUCUGUGUGUUUCUAAGAACAGAACAUAUAUGUAUUGAUUGUAGACAUUUGUGGCUGCUUCCUAAAAUCAGGUGCAAUUGUACUUCUAGUUACCCCAAUAAAAUUUAACCCUAACAGUCCUCAAUCCUCCAACAGGUGAAGGAUUGAGGAGUGUUAGGGUUAAUUGAUAUAGUCAAAGUAUAAUUGAUGGCACUCUACAUACCGAUGGAUUGAAGACUGUGCUUCAAUAUCAGUUUGAAUUUACAGUUUUCUUCCUGGUGUUUCUCAUCAUACAUGAAUUCUUGUUAUGAUGUCACUUCUGUUCUUGUGGUUCCCUGCCAUAUGGCACAAUUAAUAUAUGAAAAAAGGACAAUCCUUUUUGAUGGGGGUUUGAAGAAUAAAGCCGAAUAUUAGUGCAUGAAAUAUUUCUUGAAGAAAAUUGCCACUCAUGUGAUCAUUUGAAUGGAGUGUAGUUCAGUCUUGCAUCAGACGUGAUUUGCAGAUCGAAAAAGAAGUUUGGGUACACCGUCAGUAACUAGAAACCUCAAUUUUGAGUGGAACCGGAACGUUAAUUCGGGAGAUUAAAAAAAGCGAGGAGAGCGAUACUGCCGUUUGUGCGUUUCAAGCGGUGUCCUUUCGGGGCCACCGUAGGG